UUAUGAUUUAUUGUGCUCACUGGCCUAGCCUCAACCAAAUAAGUGUAUUAUGCAAUGAGUCAAGGCUUAGAAUCACCAGGAGUUAUUGGAAUUAAUGAACUGAGCUCCCUGCAACCCACCCAUCCUCCUCUAUCCCAGGCCCCAAUAAUUCCUGUGGAAACCAAUGUUAUUAUUAUAAACUCAAAUAAAAAUUCUGAGGCUAAAUCCUCUCACAACCAACAUGUUGAUUGUCAUGUGCUUCAAAAAUCUGUCUCUGCUGAGAAGCCUGCAUCCAGUGAGAAGAAAGGCAGCAGUGUACUUGUGUCCCUGGUGGCAGGAGCAACAGCUGGGGCUGUAGCCAAGACAACCAUUGCCCCCAUUGAUAGAACUAAAAUAAACUUUCAGGCCACCAACCAGCGCUACUCAACCAUGGAGUCUUUCAAGUAUAUGCACAAAUGCUACCAUGCAGAAGGUUUCUUCAGCCUUUGGCGAGGCAACUCAGCCACCAUGGCACGAAUUAUCCCCUAUGCUGCCACACAGUUUGCUGCUCAUGAGCAGUGGAAGAAAGUUUUACUCAUUGACAAUUCUACUGAUGUUCCUCCAUACAAGAGGUUCGUGGCUGGCAGCUUGGCCGGCGUCACGUCUCAGUUCCUCACGUAUCCUCUUGACCUUGCCAGGGCACGUAUGGCCAUCACCCCUCGUGACACGUACCGCACUUUGUCUCAGGUGUUCGUGAAGAUCGUGCAGCGUGAAGGCUUCCUGAAGCUGUACCGUGGCCUGGCGCCCACCAUGCUGGGAGUGAUCCCCUACGCCGGCACCAGCUUCGGUAUCUACGAGACCCUGAAGGCUCAUCACCGGACUAGGCAAGAGAAAGCAUUGGAAGAGUUAUCAUUAGAAGAGCGCCACGCAGCCAGCGGUGUAACCGCACCCAACGCGUUCGAGCGCAUGAUGUUUGGUGCCGUGGCGGGACUCUUCGGCCAGACCAGCUCCUACCCUCUGGACAUCGCCAGGAGACGCAUGCAGACUGCUUCGCUCACUGGCAACUCUAGUGCCUAUUCCACCAUUUACAGCACCCUCGCUAAGGUGUACAAAGAGGAGGGCGUCGUGCAUGGCCUCUACAAGGGACUGUCGCUUAACUGGAUCAAAGGACCCAUCUCCGUGGGCACGAGUUUUGCUGUCUUCGAUUACUGCAAGAAUUUCUUGGAGCAGUUCACGCAAGACACGUGACCGUUCGUGACGCUUGUUCAAAUGUGAAUGCAAUAAAACUUGUAGCAAUCCUCGCUAGUUGUUGAUUUUGUUGCGUAUUUUUAAACACGAGAAUUUAUCAAUGGCUUCUCAUUAUUGCAUAAUAUAUUUAACCCUUAGAAGACCCGUUAUUGUUCUGCGAUAGUGCUUGAAAAGUCUAUUGAUAUUUGAGUGUAAUAAGUACAAAGCUGUUUUAGUUUUAUCGUGCGGGAGACUGAUCAAAAACUCAGCACUGACUUCCGCGCGAUCUCUGGGUAUCAAGCCACCAUGAGGUGCUAUGCUUACCAUCAAGUUUUAUCCCAUAUGUGCUUCUGAUACAUCGGCUUGUUAAUCACGUUAUUUUAAUUUUUAAUAUUGCCGUCCACUAAAUACAUACAUCCCACCAAGAUUUUUACUGUAAUCUAAAUGAAAGUGUUCAGUGAUGGCGUUGGUUCUCUGAAUGUAAUUGAACCCGAUUGCCUUGAAAAGUAUGUUGCCUUACUUAAUAUAGCAUCCAGUAGAAAUAAUUAAUAUGCAUACGAGAAUUCUCUCCUUAAAACGAUCUAUUUAAAAUUGUAAUGCUGAAAGGUACCGCCUUUUUAGUUAUGAUAUUGUCUCAAGUUUCAAUUGCCUGAUGUGAGCUAUGAGCGCACGCGGUGCUUCAGCCCUGCUUUCCUUACCUCAAUGAAGUGGUCCGCGAUGAGCUCCCAGGGUGUUCGUCCAGUACUUGCUUAGUUAUAAUUGUAUGAAUUUGUCUGUCUAAGGGGCUGUGAAACUUGAACGAAGAUCAUAGGAAUGUUAUAAGUGUUGGAGGUGCUAGGUACCACACGCAGGUACCGAAAAUUCAUCGGCUGGUUGUGUUUUUACGAGACUUCUUUCCCACUGGUUCUUCUUAAACUUACUUCUUAACUUCACUCCGGUGAAGUUUUAAUAAUCUCUAUUCGCACUUGGUAAUUUUUCAGUUUCAAGGAAAAAAAAUCAAAUUUUAUCAUACAAAAUUCUCAUGCACUGUAUCUGCGAGAUUUGUGUGCUGAGUAGCGAAUUUGUUUCUCGGAUCUUUCUUUCAUCUGCAGAAAUUUUCCCCUACCAAUGCAUGCUUUCCUUUUUAUUUGUUCCCAGACUAUUCUUUGGAUUACAGACUUCUUAAGAUCUCUAACUUUCAUGUCACAACUCUUCCAGAAGUACGAUUGUCUUAGUACCAAAGUGUGGGAGCUCUUCAUUUUGUUUUGCUCAAAUAUUAUUCGAUCGUUGUUGUGGGACGUUUUGUUCUCGUCUUCAGUAGAGUCUAUCAUUAAGUCAGAGGGCCAAAGUCUAACAUUUCUUCGUAAGAAAUGUCUUAAGCUGCGUGAUUGAGAGUCUCAAGUUAGCUAAUCGCCUUUUUUAGCUUAGUGCUGCUUCAAUAUUUUAGUAACUUAUUUGUAGUGCUGGCUUGUGUUGGCGAGACUCGUGCUUCGUCAUAGUGUUCACAAGUGUUGGUAAGACUUGUCCCUCAUCGUGGUGCUCACUAGUAUUCGUGAGACUCUUGCCUCAUCGUGGUGCUUCCUGCAGAAUUGUUGCCUAUGCAAGCUCUUGAGUGUUGAAGUGAUGACGUUGCUGAAUUUUAACGUAAAUAACGUGCAAGGGCUAUUAUAUCCGUGGAUUCUGUUGUUUUUAAACUUGACAUUUACAGAAGCAGCAAUUGGCAACCGAACACUUUAAGCACGACUUCAGUGUGUAUUUAUUGUGUUACCUUCUAAGUGAAAUUACAUGGACAGAUUGUUUCAACUUAACUUUAAUGUUCUUUUCUUAAUUUAGUUGGGUGUGUGUGUUCAGCCUAGAUCCUGGCAGCCGUCUUCAGACCAUUUCUAAGCUGUCUGGUAUAAUUAAAAUGAUAAAUUUCUUGAUAAUAAUGUGCGUUAUUUGCUUGCUAUCUAAGGCUGACUGGUCUUGCUACAAAUUUAUUUUUGCUAUAAACCUUUGUUUAGCAGAGGAUGUAAUAAUUUGACCAUGAUUGUCGCGACGAGAUUGACGUUCGCGUCAUUAUUAAAGGCUCUACGACCUUGAGUUAUCAUCAUAUACAAUCAUUAAGUUAUCAUAUUACAAUCGGAAUUGUAAUCAGGUUUAAAAUCAUCAGUGCAAUCGUUGAGUUCAUAGGAUACCAUAUGUAUUGAUGAGGAAAGUCGGGCCUCAUAUUUGAUUCUACGUGGGUAGGUUACCGCAAGGCCUCGGCUAGCUAUUGGUCUUUGAAAAUGAAAGAUCAUAAAGUUUAAUAAAAAAUAGAUGUGUUUAGAAGACCUUUUCUGGCAGAGCCUGCCAAGCCAGUUAUUGUUCCAGCUCUGAGGAUUAAGGUUACAGCAGCUAUUGCAACGGCUACCGGAAAGUUGAUGACGUUUCUUUUCUUCGGAUACUCGUCUGCAAUAGACGGUGUUAGCCGAGGAGAUUACUAAGGACCAGCAUCAUCCAUACUAUGCGAAUGUCCAGGCUUGAACGUUCCCUGCUCACCACAGUCUUCCAGCGAGUUGCUCGUGCAGCUUGUCUGCUAACUCUCAGCCUGAUUCUUGAGAGCUGUGAGUUCUGGGCUGGCUUUAAUGGAGUUUUUGAAUAUUUCAUAAGAAAUCUUUUCAUAAAUAAUUCGCGAUUGUUUAGCAUUUCACUAAUAUUUUGAGUGUUAGCGAUGCACUAGAAAUAAUAAUAAGCUAGACUCGUUGAUGGUCUUUGUCGUCCACUGAUAACAAACUAGUGCAUUUGAAGAUGUUUCGAGGAAUUUUCUUCGGAUUUUUUUGUACAAAUUUUAUUUGAUGUUGGCAGGUAAAUAUCGCUAUAAAAUCCAUUUAUUUCCCGCCAGGCACAUGCAUUUGCGAUU